CUUGCUUAUCAUUGUGCUGUAGUCGCUGACUAGUACACUUGCUAGUAAGGUUAAUUUAGACCCAACAGCAAUCCCUACUGAUUUUUCUUUGCCUUCAUGGAUUCCAAAAAUACAUUCAUUUUGAAUCAUGAAUUCGUUUCAUGACAUGCAUGCUUUCUUUGUGGUCACUUUAUGAAGAUUAGGGAGAUGUCUGGUAAGACACAUACAUAUGCAUGCAUGUGCUUGUUUUCUAAGAUGUUGAUAGAGCUUGGGCAUGUGAAAAGAAUCAUGAAUUCGAUCGUUUCACAUGCUUUCUUUGUGGUAAACCUACCACGAAUGUUAUCAUGCUGAAUUUGUUUCGACACACUCUUCUUGUUAAACCUAGCUAACAGUGCAUUUUGAUUCAUUCUCCUAGCUCCAUGAAUAUUUAACCAUGAGAUGCACUAGAGGCCAGAGAAACUACUUACCAUCAGCAACGCAUACAUAUUUAUCGAAGUCAAAGGCAACUCCUCCAACCCUCAAUACAAUGAAAUGCCAACAAACACCUCUACUACCUCCAACUGAUGGGAAGACAAUCACUAUCCUCAGCAUUGAUGGAGGUGGAAUUAGAGGAAUCAUACCUGCAGUCAUCCUAGCCUUCUUAGAGGAUGAGCUUCAGAAACUGGACGGUGAGGAUGCAAGACUUGCAGACUAUUUUGAUGUGAUAUCUGGAACAAGUACUGGUGGUCUAGUGACUGCUAUGCUAACUACCCCUGACCCCGUCAAAAAAAACCGCCCUUUGUUUGCUGCUAAGGAAAUCAAGAAAUUCUAUCUUGAUAAUUCUGCUAAAAUCUUCCCCCAAACCGGUGUACCUUUUGGUUGGGUUGGAAAACUGUUUAAAGCUUUAAGAGGUCCCAAAUACAACGGAGAAGAACUGCACAAGAUUCUCAAGGAAAAAUUGGGAGAGACAAAAUUGAGCCAGACCUUGACAAAUAUUGUAAUCCCAACUUUUGACAUCAAGAGACUUCAACCAACCAUCUUCUCUAGCUAUAAGGUGAAGAACAACAAAAAGCCAUUGAAAGAUGCUCUACUCUCUGAUAUAUGCAUUGCAACUUCAGCUGCUCCAACUUAUCUUCCCGCACAUUGGUUUAAAACCGAAGACUCCGAUGCAGGGGAGAGGGAAUUCAAUCUUGUUGACGGUGGUGUUGCUGCUAACAACCCGACUUUGGUGGCUAUCAAUGAAGUAAUAGAAGAUAUCACAAAUGGCGAUGAUGCUGAGUUGCGCCACAUAGAUUACAGUAGGUUCCUGGUUUUAUCAUUAGGAACUGGUAAAGCCAAAGAAGGAGGCAAGCAUGACGCCAAAGAAGCAGCUGGUUGGGGUGUCUUCAGUUGGUUGACUGCUGGCAAUUCAACUCCUUUGAUAAACUUUUUCACUGAAUCCAGUAGCGACCUCGUUGACUACCACCUUUACACUCUUUUCCAAGCCAAUAAACAGAAAAACAAGCAUUAUUUUCGCAUUCAGGAUUACUCUUUAGAAAGAGAUGAGGCUUCUGUGGACAUUUCAACAAAGAAGAACUUAGAGGCACUUGUACAGAUUGGUGAGAAAUUGUUAAAGAAACGAGUGUCUAAGGAAAAUCUCGAGACUGGUGUCUCUGAACCUGAUACUCAAGAUACAAACGAAGAUGCUCUUAAGAUGUUUGCAAAAGUACUCUCAAGGGAGAAGAAGCUUCGUACGACAAGGUCAACAUAAGUGCAAAUCGGCCACAUCCAUAUAUACAUACAUGUAGUCUCUAUAUGCUAUAUUGCUAUGUAUAGGAAUAUAUGAUUAUUUCUACGUAUCAUAUGUUUCUUUU